GCUCAGCGACGUUGGCCCAAGUUUUGCAGUGUGCCGCUGAGCUCUUUAUCUUAGGAGGGCGCUCCGCGCGCGAGUCACCGCCCUGGCCACGAGGAGUCAGGGGCGCCAUCCCCGCGGCGACAGUGGCGAUGGCGCAGCCGCUGAAGCAGUGCCCGCGGACUGCCAAGGUGGCUUGGUGCCCAACGCCGGCAUCUCCAUCCUUGCUUGCAUUGGGCAGCUCUGCCAAUAGUGCUGCUGGAAGCUUCGGCAACGAUGGCGGUGAAGGCGCGACGCUCGACUUCGUCUCCUUCGACCCGGCUAAGCCCGGAAACCAGAUGGAAGUGAUUGCCUCGGUGAAGCCAGAGCGUGGGCUGAAGUUCGCCUCCAUGUCCUGGGGCAAGGUGAGCCGUGAGGGCUUUCCCAACGGCGUCCUUGCUGGCGGGCUGCAAGAGGGCGUGGUGUCCUUGUGGAAUCCCUACGCGAUCCUCAAGUCUAAGGGUGCGGACCCCGGCCUCGUGUACUCGGGGAAGAUCCACAGCGGCACAGUGAACUGCGUGGAGUUCAACCCGUUCAAGCCGAACCUGAUGGCGACCGCAGGAGCGGACUCGGAGGUCAACAUUCUCGACAUCAGCAACAUCCAGCAGCCAGAGCUGUACAAGCCCUCGGCCAACAACAAGCACGCGGGCUCCGAGGUCCUCUGCUGCGCUUGGAACAGGGGCGUGCCGCACAUCCUGUGCUCGUCCUCCAACACGGGCGCCACCGUCGUGUGGGACCUCAGGAAGAAGGCGGAGGUGCUCACCUUCCAGGACCCUGGCGGCCGGCAGCGGUGCGCCGACGUGGCCUGGCACCCGGAGGUGCCGACGCAGCUGAUCGUCGCGUAUGAUGACGACCAGCAGCCCUCGAUGCAGAUGUGGGACCUCAGGCACGCGCAGUACCCCUUCAAGGAAACGGCGGGGCACUCGAAGGGCAUCCUCAGCGUUGACUGGAACAUUAUGGAUCCAAACCUCCUGGUCUCCUGCGGCAAGGACAACAAGAUCAUCACUUGGAACAUCGGCUCGGGGACCUUGGAGCCACACGGCGAGAUGACGGCCCAGCAGUGGAAUUUCGACGUCAAGUGGUCGCCCCACAAGCCCGGGGUGAUCUCAGCUGCGUCCAUCAACGGGCUGGUCUCCAUCUACUCGGUGCAGGGCCAGCAGAGCGCCUCUGCCAAGUAUUGCCCCAAGUGGUACAAGAAGUCCUGCGGCGUCGCGAUGGGCUUCGGUGGCCGCGUCCUCUCUUUCGGCCUGAACAAGUCUGCCGCGGCAAUCACAGGCGAUGCGGCCGCCGCGACGACGUCCUUCUGUCAUUCGCUGGUGGUGCCCAACGAGCCCGAACUCAUCCCGGAGGCCGACGCGUUCGAGACGUGGAUCUCCGAGCGGAAGCUGCAGGAGUACUGCCACGACAAAACCAGGCGGGGCGGAGGCAGCACAGACCAGGGCCUCAUGUGGGAGAUGAUGGGCUGCCAGUUCGAUGAGACUGGACGCCAGCGCGUCCCUGCGCUGCUGGGCUUCGACCAGGACCAGGUCAUGCAGAAGGCGGAGCAGUACCUCGGACAGAAGCCAGGCAAGACGCUCGGGCAGUCCGCAGAGGAGGAGGUGGAGAAGAAGCAGUCCGGGCAGCCCCAGGCUGCGCCGGAGCCGGCGGCGCCCGCCGUCUCCGCAGAGGAGGCCGCAAACAUCUUCGACAUGCUGUCCGCGGAGACCGAGGCGCAGAAGAUCCAGCAGGAGCAGGAGGCGGCCCAGAUCGCCAUGAAGGCCGCGCUGGACGCCAAAGCCGCCGCCGACUCCCCAUCGGGCUCCAAGAAGGUCGACUGGUCGACGGGCCCCGAGGCCAUCAUCAAGCAGUCCCUUCUCGUGGGCAACCUCACCGCGGCCGUAGAGUGCUGCUUCAAGAACAACCGCAUGGCCGAGGGGCUGCUUCUCGCGUCUGGCGGCGGCAACCAGCUGUGGACGAGGGCGCGGGACGAGUACCUGCGGAUCAUGGGGGAUUCUUUCCUCACGACGGUGGGGAACAUUAUGACGAACGACUUUGACAAGUUGGUCGCCUCGUCCAAUCUCAACACCUGGAAGGAGACGCUGGCCGUGCUGGCCACUUACUCGGGCGACAAGUACCAGCCUCUUUGCGAGCAGCUGGCCGCGCGCCUCGAGAAUGAGGUCCGCGACAUGCUAUCCGCCGUCAUCUGCUACAUCUGUGCAGGCAAUUUUCCAAAGACGGUCAGCAUAUGGGCCAACACCCGCAUGGGCGCUCAGGGCUCGCAGAAGCGCACGCUCCAAGAUCUCGUGGAGAAGAUGGCAGUGCUUCAGGGCGCCACGAAAUUUGGCCAGGCGGACCCCCUGUUCAACUCGAAACUCACCCAGUACGCGGAAAUCCUUGCGAACUCUGGACGCCUCACGGCGGCCAUGCGGCUCCUGUGCCUCUUGCAGCCGGACCCGUCGUCUUCCUUCCUGCGCGACCGCAUCUA